AUGAACCAAGACUACUGGGGUAUAGACGACAUUCUUGUCGAAAGCCAACAAAUCCCCUGCGUAUUCAAUAUCGACGUGCCUGGUCUAGGUUAUCUUGAAGGCUCGGAGGAGGAGGAUAUCCACAAACACACGCGUCUCGAACUGCCAUACUGGAUGGCUCAGAUGCUUGCUGUAUAUGACAUUAUUACAAUCCAGCAGCCCAAGCCAUAUGGAGCCCGCGUACGAUCAGCACUCAAUGCCAGUGCUUCCUCUGUUCGGCUCCGGGACUUGGUACCCUAUUGGUACGCGAUGGCCUUGCGCCUAUCCCAAUUGCUGGAUUCAGAGGAAAUGAAGCAUUGGCUGGCCAAGACCUAUAUGGGAAGACUUCCUCGCAUUUACGAGCUCAGCGUGUUGCUCGGCCGCACUACAACCCACAGCGACGCUCUCACCGCGGGUCACAUGCAAGAGGCCGGGGGGCUUACCAUGGAGAUGCAAGAGUUUUUGCAAGGACUGGAUGAAAAUGAAACGGCAUGUACGUUGGUACCUAUUCACAAAAAGUGCUAA